CGGAAAUCUCUGCAACCCCUGGAGUGUCAUUCAGCACCAGUCGCUACUGGACAGCGUCUGAGCAGCGGAGUUGAUCGAGAAACGGGAGAUUUGUUCCAGCCUCGAGUCUGGGAGUAACACCGCAUCUGCACAGGACGCUUUUUCUCUCCUCAACACACGCACAACUAACAACACUUACUAAUUAAUACUGGUGUUUUGAUUCCACACAUCUCCUUCUUCUUUUUUUUUUAAUUGUUUUUUUAAAAAUUUGAGCCGCGUUUGUGGCGCGUUUGGCGAGCAGCGUUCAAACAGGAGGCGAGCGCUGACUGGAGCUGGCGCUGCCAAACAAAGGCGCAGGAAGAAAUAAAAAUAAGAACCGGACGGCAUCAGAGAUCGCAGAAGUUCAUCUUCUCCACUCUGGGCUCACUUACAUCGGGAGGAUUUAAAGGAACCUGCUGUACAGCCUACUGGGUCCUGUCUUGUCUUCUAUCUGCUCGAAAGACCAAGUGGAAAGCUAAAUGCACCUGAGCGAUUCUGGAGAGAAGGGAGAGUAACUUCACACCUUUGUUCUCGCCUGACGAGAACACUCUGUGGACUUCCGUCUCAGCUCACCCUGUAGUGUUUAGAUACUGCAUGUAGCCACGGCUCUCAGGUGCAGGAAAGGAGUGAAACACAAACAGGAAAGAAGAAAGAGUGCGAGAUAAAGAGAGCGAGGCUGUAUAAUUAGUAUUACCCAGUUUGUGUCAGAGCUAGAAACCAUGAGAAGAGGCUUCUGAAGACGACUGCGCUCUGAAAAAUACUGCAGCUUACCUUCAGGACAUUUGUAUGUGUGUGUGUGUGUGUGUGUGUAUGUGUGCACACCUCUUUCAUUUUCAAAGGACCUGAAUUUGUAUUUGGAUGCGGAUUUAGCCUUUCAUUAUGACUCUGCGAGGAGGCUUUGAGAGAGCGUGGAUUGGCACCCACAGAAGUGUCUGCUGGGUGUUGCUGCUGGCUUGUUACUUCUUGAUCGCCUUGGCAGCCAAACCCAAAAUGCCCGGCCACACACACCUCAAUUCAAUACGCAUUGAUGGGGACAUAUCUCUGGGUGGGCUGUUCCCAGUGCACGCCAGGGGAAAUGAAGGGAAAGCCUGUGGAGAGCUGAAGAAGGAGAAAGGAAUCCACAGGCUGGAGGCCAUGUUAUUUGCCCUGGAUCGUAUCAAUAAUGACAAUGAGCUGCUGCCUAAUAUCACCCUGGGGGCGCGUAUCCUGGACACCUGCUCCCGGGACACCCAUGCUCUGGAACAGUCGCUGACAUUUGUUCAGGCACUGAUUGAGAAAGACUCAACUGAUGUCAAGUGUCUCAGCGGAGGGCCGCCCAUCAUCACUAAGCCAGAGAGAGUGGUGGGAGUGAUUGGUGCAUCUGCCAGCUCCGUGUCAAUCAUGGUAGCCAACAUAUUGCGUCUCUUCAAGAUACCUCAGGUGAGCUAUGCUUCCACGGCCCCGGAGCUGAGCGAUAACACCCGCUACGACUUCUUCUCCCGGGUUGUGCCCCCAGACACAUACCAGGCCCAGGCCAUGGUGGACAUUGUCAAAGCCAUGCGCUGGAACUAUGUCUCCACGGUAGCUUCCGAGGGAAACUAUGGAGAAAGCGGUGUCGAUGCGUUCAUACAAAAGUCGCGAGAAGACGGGGGUCUGUGCAUUUCCCAGUCGGUGAAGAUACCACGUGAACCAAGACCUGGAGAGUUUGACAAGAUCAUUCGCAGGCUGAGUGAGAACCCGAACGCUCGAGUAGUCAUUAUCUUUGCCAAUGAGGAUGACAUCAGGCGGCUCCUUCAAGCAGCUAAGAAGGCCAAUCAAACAGGCCAUUUCAUCUGGGUAGGCUCAGACAGCUGGGGCUCCAAAAUCUCCCCAAUACUCAACCAGGAGGAAAUGGCAGAAGGUGCCGUCACCAUCCUACCCAAACGGCAGUCCAUCAAAGGUUUUGACCGCUACUUCAUCAGCCGAACGCUAGAGAACAACAGACGGAAUAUCUGGUUUGCAGAGUUCUGGGAGAAUAACUUCCAAUGUAAGCUCAGCCGGCAUGCUGUGAAGAAAGGAUCCGGCAUCAAAAAAUGCACAAACCACGAGCGAAUUGGCAAAGAUUCGACCUACGAACAAGAGGGGAAGGUUCAGUUUGUGAUCGACGCAGUUUAUGCCAUGGCUCACGCUCUACAUAACAUGCACAAAGAUCUGUGUCCGGGAAAAGUCGGCCUCUGCUCCAAGAUGGAUACCAUCAACGGCACACUGCUGCUCAAGUAUAUCCGCAAUGUCAACUUCACAGGAAUCGCUGGCACCCCAGUGGUCUUCAACGUGAAUGGAGAUGCUCCUGGCCGCUAUGAAAUCUACCAAUACCAGAUCACAAAUACCACCACCGAAUACAAGAUCAUCGGUCACUGGACAGAUCAGCUCCACUUAGACACCAACGAGAUGCAGUGGCCCGGUGGGACCCAAGAAGUACCCUCCUCUAUAUGUAGUCAACCCUGUCGUCCUGGGCAGCGCAAGAAGACCGUGAAAGGAAUUCCAUGUUGUUGGCACUGCGAAAACUGCGAUGGUUACCAGUAUCAGGCAGACACCUAUACCUGCAAGAUGUGUCGCUUUGAUUUGCGGCCUAAUGAAAACCACACUGGUUGUGUUCCCAUUCCAAUUGUCAAACUGGAGUGGAGCUCCCCAUGGGCAGUCAUCCCUGUCCUCAUCGCCGUCCUGGGCAUCAUGGCCACUCUGUUUGUGGUUGUCACCUUUAUACGCUACAACGACACACCGAUUGUUAAGGCAUCGGGUCGAGAACUGAGCUACGUGCUGCUGACGGGUAUCUUUCUGUGCUAUGCUACAACAUUCCUCAUGAUCUCCACUCCUGAUGUGUUUAUAUGCUCCCUGCGAAGGAUCUUCCUGGGCCUGGGUAUGAGUAUAAGCUAUGCAGCACUGCUUACCAAGACAAAUCGGAUCUACAGGAUUUUUGAGCAAGGCAAGAUGUCAGUCAGUGCCCCUCGAUUCAUCUCCCCGGCCUCGCAGUUAGUCAUCACAUUCAGCCUGAUAUCCGUGCAGCUCCUUGGGGUGUGCAUCUGGUUUGGUGUUGACCCAUCGCAAGCCAUCAUCGACUAUGAAGACCAGCGUACAGCCAAUCCCAAAAUGGCCCGUGGUGUUCUAAAAUGUGAUAUAUCAGACCUGUCCCUCAUCUGUCUGCUGGGUUACAGCAUGCUGCUGAUGGUCACCUGCACAGUUUACGCCAUCAAGACCCGUGGGGUUCCAGAGACGUUCAACGAGGCUAAGCCCAUCGGUUUCACCAUGUACACCACCUGCAUUGUAUGGCUUGCCUUCAUCCCCAUCUUCUUUGGGACCUCACAAUCAGCUGAAAAGAUGUACAUCCAGACCACAACGCUGACCAUCUCUGUAAGCCUCAGUGCAUCAGUCUCUCUGGGAAUGCUCUACAUGCCUAAGGUCUACGUGGUUCUCUUUCAUCCAGAGCAGAACGUACCGAAGCGCAAGCGAAGCCUGAAGGCUGUGGUCACUGCAGCAACCAUGUCCAACAAGUUUAACCCCAAAGGUGGCCUGAGGCCCAAUGGAGAGGCCAAGUCUGAACUCUGUGAAAGUCUUGAAACACAAGUGUUGGCCUCCAAGCAGACAUACAUAAGCUACAGUAACCAUGCCAUCUAAGCCAGAGAUCACUGAUGGAAGUGGAGUGCAGGCCUGCCUGAGGAAUAAUGGGGAAAAUACUGGAGGAUUUCCAAGCUGCUACAGCAGAGAGAACUGGGGUGGAAAGAUGGGAAUUUGUCACUCCACAAACAGAAAGGAUGUCAUAUUUUUCUAGGGAAUCAGGUAAAGGCCUAACAGCUAAGUUUAUGAAAAAUUAAAAGAUCAGAAGGAAGGAGAUGGGAGAUAAAAGGGAGAUUGGACAGUUAAUUUUCCUCUUCCCACCCUUUCUGAGACACAAGUGACGGUUGAGUGGUGACGUUUCCAGAUGCAGGGUGAUUGAACCUACAGUAUGUUUUCCUUCUGAAGUGUAUAGCACACAGUUUCAGCCCUCUCUCUCCGAGGCUGAACCGUUUGUCUCAUUUCAACAAGAACAGGGGAAAAACUUGUUUUGUUUUCGCUCAAGUCAAAUGCAGUUAAAAGAUGAAACACUAUAAAAAAAUAUAUAUAGUCAUUAUUUUUGGUUAUUAUUGAGGUUGAAAGCUGCAGUACUCUUCAAACUGUACAUGCCUUACUACAGUACAUUCAGUAUUCCUACAACAUAUCUGACACCGGGAAAAUAAAGCAGUGGGUCAUCCCAGUUUCUUUUUCUUAAAUAAUUGUUUCAUAAUAACAAUGAUGAUGAUGAUGCCAUCAUCUUGGCAAACCUAGUGUACAGCCCCAGAGCAUGCUUGUGGGAGCAUCACGUGUACUGUGCUGUGUUGUCAACGUCUAUGGAAUGCAACAUUUGUCAUGGUUGUCAUUCACAGUGGAGAUGUCAUUUUGGACCAUUAACCCACUGGGUAACCCUCUGCUAAACAAAGAGUAAUUUCAAACACACAAAAGGAGCAAAACUGAAAACAAAUUGACAUGGGAGACCUUUAUCGCUUUCAUCAAACGUCAGCCGGGAUUUAGAGAAAUGUCGAUGCACACUUAAAACAUCCCAGAUUUAUUGGCCCUUAUUUAUCAUGCGCUUGUUGAAGUCUUCACACAUUCAAGCACUUGGAUGACUGUGAGAACCUGACGCUGCCCGAUCUGUUAAACUUCCAUCCCAGCCAACCCUUAUUACCCUGUUAUGUAUGUGUUUUUUUGUGUUUAAAUCUAAAGAAUUUAAACAUAUAUUUAUUUAUAUAUAGCAGUUGUGGUAGGAAGGAAUAAAAACAACACAGCUGUCUGUUGUUGCACCAGAUAUUAUUUUUAAAACCUGACAGCACAGUAUGACAUGUUUGCAUAUAGGACAGUUUUACUUGGGACCGCCUUUGUUUUGUGGCAGAUGAACAGGUAAUCUGUGUUGCUUGGCAAGUAUUUUGUCCUCCUCUGAAUCAAGAUAUUUGAGGCUACACAGUAAAUGAUUAAUAUGAGUUUUAAAAGUAAUUUGGGUAUAAAAUUAGGCUCAUGCAGUGAGUCAGCAUGUAGACCCAUUUGGAGAAGGUUUCGAGCCCAGUGCCAUUAAACAGCCAGAAUGUUCCAAGAUAAUUGGGCAGUUGAUAUGCAUAACAUUUUAUAAAGAUAUUUUUAUACAUAUCAGUGAUCCUCAACUGGCGGCCUGUGGGCCACUUCCAGCCGACAAAAGCUUCUAAUCCAGCCUGCAGAAUAUUAAUGAAUUCAGAAAACGUGCAGAUCUAAUGUUACUCACCAGUUGAGGACGCACAUUCUAUCGAUUAGUGUGCCGCAACAAGCCAGAAAGUCCACAAUUCAUAGCACACCUGUUCUAUGUAAUCAGACUAUUUUCUCCCUUAUCUCCAUCCUCUCUACUUCAUGGACCAACCAUCAAACUACCCCACUCUUUGGAGCUGGCAGCAGCACACUGCCCUGACCAUAGGGGGUAAUUACAGAGCUGAUCACCAAGCUUCUCUGCUAGAUGCAAGAAGCAUCACUUAAUUUUGUAUUGAGCACCGACUCCUUGGUGGAAGUCUGAGAGUGUCACCUUGUAUGUCUGUUUAUAGUGACACAGAUUAGUAAAAAGCAAAUUAGCAAAUUAAUGAAUUAGUCAGUCUAAAUAAAGUUAGUGUGCAACUGUUUUGGUAAUCAAGUAGUUGUCCCAGUUUUUAAGCAAAAACAGCAAACUUUUUUUUUUAACAUUUGAAAUUCAAGACCUUGGGCAAACCCCAUUGUAAUUGUCAGAUUUUCACAAAUAAAUACAUGAAUUAGUCACAUAAUUUAAUAAAACUAGACUUACAGUUACAAUAAACCUUCGGCAAGAGUAGCUCAGUGUGGAUUCAAGUGAGAAUUAACACUAAUAUCUUUAGCUCUGUGCAGGUUUGUAUGAUUGGGUCUUAAUGACCUCACCAACCCCUUGAAAAAUAAGACACUAAUUUCCAGCAAACAUGCACAGGAAUUAAGUACACAAGCGAAUGGAAACUAAUGUUAGCAUCUAGCUAAAAUGAGAAGAGAGUUUAAAGUAACAUUAGGGUUGUGUUCGUCAGGUGGACACCAACAGGAUACCCAUGUUGUUCCGUGUCUGAGGGAUGGGCAAGUAUCCAGUUUUUUUGCUAACAUGUUAAACCCAUUUUGUCUCAGGAUUGUGAUUCUAUGUUUGCUUUGGGAGUCUCUAUCUUGCGGUCAAAAGUCACAUAAGGCAUCUUUAAAUUUCUGCAGUCAAAAACAGGGAUGUAUUGGUGCUUGAUACAUAAGGGCCAGUGCCUUCAUUCUGUGCCUCAUAUCCAUGAAACUACUCCUGCCAUUUUUUCCAUGAAUCCCAUCAUGGUGUUGUUUUGCAUUCCAUCCAUUCUGUGUUCAAACAUAAUGAAGAGAUGUACAAUAAAAAGUGUGUAAACUCCAUUUCUGUCUGCAGUCUCUAAAGUACUUGUCAUAAACAGUAACUCUGGAAUAUGUCUCAUUGAAAAUGUUAUCUUCAGCGAUGCAAAAAUAUGUAUGUUGCAUGUCAAAACUCAUAACAAGUCAUGUGAACAAUGUGAGAGAAAGGUAUAAUGUCCAGAAGGAAAACUACUGCAGAAGAUUAUAAAUAACUAACAUUUUGGUUUACUCAAUGAUUCUCUCAGCUCUCAGCUUCAACAAAAGUCUAGGGUGUUGACGCAAAUGUUGUUUUCUCAUCAUUUGAUAAAGUAUUGUUUGUGGGAUUGUUUGUAUUUGUGAAUAUGAUAAUUUGCUGCUUUUUCUUUUGCCACAACCCCCCUUCCCUUUAUUUUUCUAAAACACUUUGUCUGUGUUACAAAAUAGAAUAUGUAAGUGCUGACUGAAAUUAAAUGGCAAGUUAAUGUACGUUAUUAAAAUGGAUUGAUCAUGUCUGCUUUAUGUACUGAAUUAUUUAAAAAAAAAAAAGAAAGAAAGAUAAAAAAAGAAUUACAGU